AUGACGGGACGGACUGCUUUGUGUUUGCCACUGGCGCUUCUAUUUUUAGCAAGUGUAAUUCCAUCAAAGGCACAAAAGACGGAGGGCGAGGAGAGUCGAGUGACGGUGGCGGCGGGCGCGCCGCUGACGGUGGAGUGCCGGCUGCGGCCCGAGCAGCCCGCGGAGUGGCGGCGCGACGGCCAGGCGCCGCCGCCCGACCUGCUGGCGGGCGAAGAGGCUGGGCCCGACGCGCGCCUGGCCGCCCGCCUGCGCGCACCCGCCGCCCGCGCGCACCACGCCGGCCUCUACACCUGCAGCCGCGAGCGCGACCACCGCGUGCGCGUCGUCGUGCUGCCGCCCGCCCCCGCGCCCGCGCCCGCCGGUACCCGCCCGCAGCAUGCCCGCCGCCGCCCGCAGCUAGCCUCGUAUACUCACUCUCGCGCCCGG